AUGGACUUUCUGAAUGGGCACGCGGCCGGGUGGAUCAGCAAAACUUUGCAGAACUCGGUGUUCCAGGACCUCAAAAGCGAAGAGGCGAAGAUAGAGAACUUUUUGGGCCUCUCAAAAAUGGAAACGUUUAGCUAUUUUAGCGAGCUCAUGGCGGUUUCUCUCGAGACGGCUGUCGGCUUGGUACCUGGUUUGUCGCAAGUUUUAGUACCACUGUUUAUGAAGCUGCUGAACGGUGUUCUGGGGGAUAUAUUCCAAGAAAGGCUGAGCAAAAAAUUCGAUGACAUCAAGACGGGUCUGCUCAACACUGUCAUUGAGCUUGUGCUUCCGGAGAUUGUUGCAAAAAUAGCCUACGAACUGCCCAGCCAAAUCGCAACGAUGCUGGGAACAGCUGCGAAGGAUCUUCUCAAUAGGGCUGGCAAGGCUGCAAGCAGCGUUGUCGAGAAAGGUAAAAACAUUUUACUCGACAGUCUUAUCUGGCGGAAGGCCCCAGCCGCUUCGGAAAAACAACAGGAUGUGAAGAUCGUCGACGGCAAUGAGGAUCAGCAUCUGGACGCCCAACUCCGGGGGAAUGACAAAGAUGUAGAUGACGUUUUGAUCCAAUUCGUGCGAGGGUCGAGCGGUGAGUUAGAACAGCGUAGCGUGACUAUCUUAGAGGACUGCGAAAAGCUAUCGAUGGAAGAAGUACUAGCAAAAACUACGGCCCCGGAGGCCAAGGCCAAGCUCCUGAGAUCGCGUGCCACAGGGACAGGGGGUCUCGCACGUUACUCACUCCGCAGGCAAAACCAUAUUUACAAGGAUGAACAAGAACAUGGUCCUGAUGUUGAACCCGAAAGAGAAGCCGGAAACCCAAAGCCGCACCUGAGGCGGUCAGAAGCCGGAGAUCUCAAAUGGCGCAACGGGCGGCUUGCAGGGAUGGCACAGGCCCUCGAUAAUCGCGUCGCCGCCGCGGGGAAGAUGGCGCAAGAGACCUUCAGUGUAGUGACCAAGACCGCGAAUCGGGUUGUCCAGGAGGGCAUUAUAGUUAUACGCAGCGGCUUCAACGUUAUGCGCGAUUUCAAGCAAAAAAUGGUUUAUGCAACUGACCGACCAAAACCGCAAGAACCAAUUUCGCCCCGCCUCGCUCUGCCUCCUGGUCUUUCGUCAUUUACAUUUUUAAGAGUCUCGCAGCAAGACCGGCGGCUAUCCUUCUGCUCGUCACGAGUAUAAAGUAGGACUUUGAGAUUGAUUUGAAGAAUCAUUGUCGUGGGAAACGUAGAUGUUGAAGUUGAUGUCGCGCAGCCUGCUCUCGGGCUCGUUCUUGGAGCAAAAAUACUACCGAUGCCGAUCGAUGAACUCAAUAAACCUGAGCCAUCUCGGCAAAAAUCUCCGGGUCGUUCAGAUGUGUGCCCCUGCAGGCACAAAAAGCGUCCGCAUUUAGCUCCUGCUGCACCAGGAGCUCCAGGAGAGACACUAGUUUUAGCAUCUGCUUGUGUAGCCUGUGCAAGUGUGUGGUCAUGAUUGGCGAAAAGACCAAGGCGUAGUGACAUCUGGGGCGGUUGGUCGGUCGUGCAUGAUUGUUUAUCGUCCAUAUGCGGACCACCUUCAAGUUCAGCAUCAACACGAUCAUAGACAAGAUCACAGAUGGAAUGGUUAAGUUGUUCUCGAUGCUGUUCUACCCCACUUUUCUUUUUUGGAUUGUGCAUCUCGUCGGGGAUUUGGUCUUCGCCGCGUUCAACAUUGAAGUGUUGACGGGAGAAGGCGUAGCGGUCGUGCUUCCUGCGGUUCUCAAAACAGUUUUGCUCACUGUGGGGGCGAACAAGGAAAUCCAAAGGAAAGUCGAAAACCAAUGCGCGAAAGUGUUUAAGGAAAUCAUUCCGACCGUGGUCCAAGAUCUCUUCGCGGAUGCCCGCCGUCGCGUCUUUUACCAUAAUGCAAUGAAGCAAUUUAUCAUGGGGACUCACGGUCUCAUGAGCAAUUUUGCAGCCAUGGCUAAUCCGCUUGCGAAAAUCACUGCAACGGUCAAAGAAAAGCUGAUGACGAAGCCGCUGGAAGAGCUAAAUAACGAUCGCGCAUACUUAAGAUUGUUUGUUGACAACGAGGACAAAGCCAGGCAGCCCGGGGAAGCCAAACCCGAAGGCGACAGCGGGACAUCGAACGGCGAAACACAAACUACUACUACAGAAGAAGAGACUUUUGUCACAGGCCUAACAGAAGAGGUAAAGCAGAAACAUGCAAAAGUAGAGAAGCAACAGGAACAGCAAGACGAACACAGCGAUACCCCAGGUAAGAGCUAGACGCGUCAUGAUGAGUUCGCUAGCCUUUAUUGGAUUUUGAUUUUCAUCUUUCUACGCACGCACAAUCAGCUGGUGAAGUGGAAGAUGAAGUCACAGUGCUGCAGAUCAUGUUGACGCGCCGACCCGAUGUCAUGAUCACGUCUCCAUGUCUAUAACUAUGUUUGUAUAUGUAGCAUCUGUCCCCACGCUUCUUGUUCUUUUCUCUUGCGCAUUUGGUCUGUAAUUUUGCCCGUCUCUCUUUGAGAACAGACUGGCCUGGGUAGGGGCCAGCGAAAGAGACAAAAGAAGACUACUUCGACGAGUGCUGCUAGUUCGGUAGCAGUUGCUCAGGCGCUUUUACUUUCAGAUCCAGCAGGCAGCUUAUCAGGGCAAUUCGUGCACAGGGCUUUUGUUUGAUUAGUCGUACCUUGUCUUCUAUAUAGUCGAUUUUGUUUGAUUAGUCUUCUAUAUAUUCACCACUUAAACUUAGAACUUGAAAUUGAAUGACUUGCUCUACUCGCUCUGCCUCUCCUCAUUAAAAGAGGCGAAGGUGAGAUGAAAUUCAAAUUGAUACGUGCCCAAGUAUUUCAGGUUCUUCUGUGAUAUUCAAAGCCAACAACUUCUUGACAGGAGCGAGGACGGCAGAUCAAAAUGGUGGCAGCGUUCUGGAAACGAGCGAACAACAACAAAACGUGCCUGGGUUCCACCUCGUCGAUUGGACGAGGAACUCCCGAAAUGACUAUGACAGCAGCCGCCGUGGUGCCUAUUUCUUACUACCACGACAGGACUCACCAGGCACCAGUGCGCGUCCCCCCGCAAUGUCGAUGGUACAGACUAAAGAACUGCAGCGUCUGAAUCAUCAAGAAGGUGGUGAAGACGGCAGUGCGACGGCGCCCUCAUUUAUUGUGGACAACGUGAUAAAAUGGGUCAAAGUAGCAGCAGUUGGACUUAUUGCGCUCCUGCAAAAGUCGCCGAAGUUCCUUAAGCACGUGCUUUACCAACUGCAAAGGCAUCAAAACUAUAUUGCACUCUUGACAUAAUUCUGGCUGUACAAGUACAAGUAGACAUUUAUUUUUUCUGAUGUGCCUUGGUCGUCAAAUCAAGACGACGACUGAAGAUUAGGGCUUUCGUCUAUUUCCAUUCAGAAGGACGCACCGAAAAGACUAGAGAUGAAGAGGCGAGGCAAAAAAAGGCAUCGCCACAGGGGCAAGCUCCUCCAGCGCUGCGGAGUAGAUAAGUGCGCACUGCUCUCGUGACCACCGUCGCGGUGGACUGAUUUUGUUUCGCUUUGGGAAUGUCUUUCGCUCCCGUUCCCACCUCUGGGUGCGGGCCUGUAGCUGUAGAAGACCCGAACUCGGGUCGAAUAUUCAUACUUUUUCUUUUUUUGAUUUUUUUUGUGGUCCAAAUGCUGGGUGGAGGCAGCUGUUCUCAAUCAGUAUGCAUUUGCAUUCAUCUAUCCUUGCAUGCUCUCGCUGAGUACUAUUUAGAUGAUGCUUUUGGAGUGCCAGUGCAUAUGCCGGCAGACAGUGUGGCGAAGAGGGUUGCGAGCAUGGCUCAAGACUUUGUAAGUAAUGUGGCGUCCAUGCUCGGGGGUUUGGUGCUCUCCAUUGUUUCCUAUGUAAGUAUAUUCUGGGCUUGUCAGGGUGCACGCCCACUGGAUGCCCUCACACGUGUCGAGGAGAAAGCGCUUCCUCGCGCGCGGGUGAACGAGUUUCCUCAAUUUUUUCAUUACGUAUGAUCAUCUCCAUCUGCAUCAAUCUAAUGCCGUCAAAUAAAGGGUCUCAGUCAUCCGUGUUGUCGAGGACUGUGAGUGACGGUGAAUUAUAGGUGGCGGGACUUGUUUUUUUUUAUAUUUUCAAUUUUUUUGAACGGGUGAUGCCAGUUCUUAGAGUUUCUCGUUUGCUUGACAACUAAGUUGUCAAUCGAAGAAACUGAGACUGGUACUCAAUCGUAGAAAUAAUUCUUCCUCGUAAGUCUACUAAGUAUGAUGUCGAAGACGCGGCUCCGCGUUUGCGAAGCCCGAUCCGAUUGCUCGACGCUGUUGUUGCUCAGUGUCCGAGCCGAUUUUUGUUGUCCCUGGAGUAAUCCCGCGGAUCGCCGAUCCCGGGUCCCGCUCCCGGACCAACCCCAGCUGCCGUUUCUGAUGGCGCUGAAACGGGGCACGCGCAUGCCGAAACCCCGGAAACACAGCGGGACGGGGGCCAAUGGGCUGCGGUGCCGCGGCCCUUUGGCUGAAGCAAGUUCUUGGGGCGGCGCCACCCUACCCCGGGCGGCGACCCCCAAUGCGUAAUGGGGGCUCGCGCUGCCCGGGCGGGCUUAGUAAUUUACUCUCACUGACAUGACAUCCGCGAAUUGUGUAUGUGUCGUAACCCACCGGCGUCAUUGUAUUUGCAUGUAGCCCACAACUAGAGCCGUCAUGUCACCCUUUGCAAUCGAAAUUGUUCCAAUUCGCUGACAAUCAUAAAGUCAGUGAGUUCGGAACUUAGUAGAUCUUGGACUCCGAGAAGCGCAAUGCUCAUAGAUACAAAUACUCACCCUCACGCUUGAUUUAACUCCAACUCACCGUGUUGCCCUGAAGUGUAGUUUACACAGAAUAUCCUUGCAGCUGCAGCGCUUGUGCUGGACGAAAUACCUGGAGGUGGAGUAUUUCUUGGUCUAGCGAUGCCGGGCCUCCGCGCCAAGAUGCAAGGAGUUCUCCUGGGAAAAGAAGAUCAUCCUGAAAAUACUGAUGGAGUAGGUCUUGCAAAUAUCUUUUUUGGGUCUGGAAGUAAGCAGACGUUGAUUUGACAUGCAUUUUUUGCCUCUGCAGAAAGGUGGUCGUCUGGAAUGCAACAUGGAGUAUCAUGACCACAGCCUUUGCGGUGACUCCUCCAUGCCUAUCCUGUCUGCAUGAAGACAAGCAGAAAUGCCAGCUCCUCGAGACAAAAAUUGGAAAUCUUUUGCUGACUAUGCAACACAGAUGUUGUUUAUCGUCUGCUUGUUGAGCGUCCGCAUCACAGGUUUGCAUCCUUCCAGACCCAUACAACAUGUUUGCAAUGCAUAAGAAGCGGAAACAAGUUCCAACUUCAUGCAAAUGCUCGAAUCGCUGUUCAACGGCAGCUCAACUGUUGAGGAAGAGACUUCUCCUGUAGUUGCACCUGCAGAUGAGCAACUUGCUUCCGGGAACGAAGGACAAGCUGCUUCUACGAGCGGUCAUCUUCCGGUUCUGCAAAAACUCCUCCGCGACGCCAUUAAAGCUUUUCUCGGUGUUGAUGACCAAGAAACAGCAGCAAAUGGCGACUCGUCCACAGUUCACUUGAGCGAAAUUUUAGAAGGAGCGGAAGUAGAAGGUGAUCAUACGAGGACGCAACGAGGUUUAGUAAAUUACCUUCAAGCUACUUCCGGUGAUGAAGCGAAACUGCCCGUGACAGACAAGAUGGAGGACUCUCCUACUGGCUCGACGAUGACGGCCGGACGCGGGGAAGCAUCGGCACUUAGUGAAGACGAGGCCGGUGCCAAUCGCAACCGCCCUGCUGGAAACGAAUUGAAGCUGGCGGCGAAAAAGUGUCAGAAGCAUGAAAAAGAAGAAGAAAAACGCCGGGAAACAAACCAGGAGAAAUUGGAACCAAGCGAGCCCCCUCCGUCCGCGUUGCCACAAGCGGAAGAUGAAGUUCUGAGCGACGACGAGAGCGACCCGGGGGAGUCGAGUUCUACUUAUCUGCAAAGCGAUUCUCCAACUACUUCUUCAUCUUCUUCAGCGAAGCCCUCAACUACCGGCGAGAAAGACGUAUCUGUUGCGGAGGAAGGCCAAUCUGCCCCAGAGUCCUCCAAACUGAAGGAGUCUGCUGCCAAAACUCCACACUCGGCAGGACCACAAGACGAAGGCACCACGUUGCCCGUUUUUGAGAAGGCGGACAAAUUAUUUGAAACAUCGGUCGAGAAAAGGGGAUCUUACGCACAAAAAAAAAAAGCGCCUAACCCUAUCAACUUCCCCGCUGGUAGGUUGUCGGUGUUUUGCGUAGAAUUAGAAUACUGUGCACCGAAGGCGUAUGCUGAACAACGCGAAAGCUCUCGCCGAGCCCACAAGUGCAACUGGCAAGUAGGCUGUUGCUGUGCCUUAUACCUUUCCUUUUAGUUUUACCUUCUCGAUCAUGGGGAUGGUGUGCGGCGGCCCGUGGCGCAGAUACAUUCUGCUCUUUUUAGUAAAAGUCAGACGGGCUCGUUUGGUUUGUUCAUUUCGUAGUUAGCAGCAUUUCCAUAGCGCUGUCAGCGCUAGGGCUAGACGCAAACAGGCGCACUCUAGUUCUAGUUGAUUGGCUGCGUACUUGAACUGGGCGCGCGGAUCUUCCUUGCGCCGGAAGGGGGGAUUAGCUUCACGUUUGCGAUCCCGGACCACACUGCCUCCAAAUCAUCACCAUCAAACCACAUCUUCGGGCUCACCAAGAUUGCCGCACCAGUUUCAAUGGCUGGACAACAGGGCUGCGCCCGUGACGAUCAAUCGAGCGGGCCGACGCCUUGGCGCCAGCCAGCUGUUUUCCAGGCCUGGCGAGUGGCGCACUGGUCUUGCUGUGUGCCUGAUGACGAUUUUUUCAGGUAGUAUCGGCAUCAUCAAGCGGGCGUUGGGAGGGGUAGGUGUUUCAAAUGGAAUCGGCAAUCGUUAGCGAGAUUCGGGACCAUGUGAUGGGCGCACGCGACAAAGCCGUCGCCUUCUUGAAAAAUUUGGGUAAGAAGAUUUUGGAGCAGCUACGAAGCUUCCUCACCCAAGGGCUGUAUGCUGCCCUGGUAUCUGCUGCCAGCCAUGGAAUAUCUCGCUUGUUGGUCGCCGCUGUUCUGCUGGUUCCAGGUGUUCGGCAGACCCCCAUUCCGACAUUUUUGGCCGGGGUCCUCCCCGCGUUGGUCUGGGGCUUCUUCAAGCUCGAUUAUGUGGAAAACACGAUUUUGGAUUCAGUCACCGGUCUUGUCAAACAGCACGUGAAGUUCACGGAUGGCGUCGCGCCGAUCGUCAACUACUAUGAGAGUGCACAAGUAGUGCCCCCUCAUUUGUCAUGCAAAUACAAACGACCAAAUCCAAAACCAAAGAAAUUGAAAUGUAUCUCUAGUCUAAGUGUAAAAGUAAAUGAUGUAAAACCCCUUGCCAUAGCCCUGUCCUCGUCUUCGUCUUGGCAUUGUGUGCGUGACAAGUUGUGGCAGUCACAAUAGAAGCACUUCUACAGUCCUGUGCAUGUGCAAAAUUAUCAUGCAUUCUUGCUGACGCUUGAGGUUGUGUUCAUGCCCUACAAAUGCAGGAAAGGGUGAGUUAUGCACUCUCAUAUCUACGUUCAGGACAGGUUUGGAAUUUUUGCAAAAGCUGCUGUUGAGGCGAUCAGGACCAGGCUAGUUGGAACGAGUGCAGAUGAGAGCAGCGCAUCAGAUACUCCGGCUCCGGCGGGAGAGCAAGGGUUUCAAUUAAGUUCUUGGAUCGCCAAUCAUUGGCCGUGCUGA